UAGCAGAAUAUUGCCUCUGGAUCAUACAACUCACAGUCUAUGAACUCAAACCUAAUCAUUCAACAUCACCCAAUGCUCUAGUGGAAGAAGCUCAGUGACAAGAUUGUUCUCAGGAGUUCUCAAAUACUGCAAAGUGGCUGGUCCUCUAUAAAUCUACAUUUGCUGCAACUUGUUCUGAUCAUGAAUUUAUUUGUGGACUUCAUUGAAGAAAAGAAUGCUUUGGAGAGUCGAUAAUUUGUUGUUUUUUAUUUUUGUUAUUUUGUUUCUUCGACUGCAAUUCACAACCAAAGAGUUGUGUGCAUCUGACCUCUUGACCAUACACUUGUCUACACUUGUUAUAGUUCUGUGAUAGUAUGCUAUUGCGAAUGAAAUGGAACAAAGGCAUUCACAGAGGCUCUUCCUUCUCUUUGCAGGUUGUCAAUGGAGACAAAAGGAGAUGAUGCUAAGCGGGUUUCUCAUCUGCUGUGGGUUGGCAAGGCUCCGGAGAUACGAGGUACGCGUACAGCAUAUCACCUAGUUGGAUAAAAUGGCCUAGAGAACUGGCUUGCGCUUACGGAAUCAUCCGGUAACUACUUGUUUAUUCGGUCUCGCCAAAUCGACAACCUUAGAGCCCCCGAGGAAAUGACGUGGCAAGAGGUUUCGGUCCUAUAAGUUGGAGAAAACCUGGAUCCUGUCCUGGGGGUUUCAGAAGACGGAGGAAGCGUCCUCGCUCCACUCCAUGUGCUUUUCUUCUUUCUUUGCGUCUCUCUCUCUCUACUCUUCUCUCUUCCAUGUGCUCCUCGUCACCUUCUUCUUCUUCUUUGCGUUUCUCUCUCCUCUUCUCUCUUCCAUGUGCUCCUCGUCACCUUCUUCUUCUUCUUCUUCUUCAUCCUCCUCCUCCUCCUGCACACAUUAGUUUCACCUGCUCGCUCGCUGUACAAGCCAUGGUCUGCUGCUUCCUUCGCCACCUACUGCUGAUGACUUUGCUUCUCGCCGUCGCCGGGUCCGACACCGACCCGGGAGACUUAGCCGCCAUGCAGGUCAUCGCCGCCGGCCUGGGAGCUAACCGCUCCCCCUCUCUAGCCUGGUCCCCCUCCGCCGAACCCUGUUCCGCCUGGGCCGGCGUCUCCUGCACCGGCGGCCGCGUCACGGCCAUCCGGGCCGGCAACUGCAGCCUCUCCGGCUCCCUUCCCUCCGCCGUUCGCAGUCUCACCGCCCUCACCCGCCUCGAGCUCCAGCAGAACAGCCUCUCCGGACCCCUCCCCUCCCUUGCCGGCCUCGCCGCCCUCCAGGUCCUCCUCCUCCACGGCAACCGCUUCUCCUCCCUCCCGGCCGACUUCUUCACCGGCCUCACCUCACUCCAGUCCGCAUUCAUUGACAACAACCCCCUCGCCCCCUGGUCCCUUCCGGACUCCCUCCGCGACGCCGCCGCCCUCGUCAACUUCUCCGCCAACUUCGCACGCGUCUCCGGCCCCCUCCCCGCCUUCCUCGGCACCGCCUUUCCCGCCCUCGACCACCUCGGCCUCGCCUUCAACCUCCUCUCGGGCCCAGUCCCCGUCGCCUUUGCCGCUGCCCCGCUCCGCUCCCUCUGGCUCAACAACCAGCAGGGCGCCGCCCGCUUCUCCGGCGGCAUCUCCUUAGUCGAGAACAUGACCGCCCUUGAGGAGCUCUGGCUCCACUCUAACGACUUCUCCGGGCCGCUGCCGGACUUCUCCCAGCUCACCCGCCUGCGCGACCUCCAGCUCAGGGACAACCGCCUGACCGGCGUCGUCCCCAAGUCUUUGACCCAGCUCCCGUCGCUGAGCAAGGUCACCCUCACCAAUAAUCUGCUGCAGGGGCCCGUGCCCGUCUUCCCGAGCUCGGUGAAGGAAGUCAACGUAGACCCCAAAGGCGAGCGCUUUUGCCUUCCGAAUCCCGGCGACUGCGAUCCCCGCGUGACAGUCUUGCUAUCUGUUGUGAAAGACUUCGGCUAUCCUGCUAGGUUUGCCGAGAAUUGGGUGGGUAAUGAGCCCUGCGGGUGGUUGGGGAUCAGCUGUGACGACGGUGGCAACAUCACGGUGAUCAACCUUCAGAAGAUGGGUCUGAAUGGGACGAUAUCACCGGACUUUGGAUCGAUUGCAUCACUGCAGCGGCUGCUACUGUCGAACAACAAUCUCACCGGGACAAUUCCAGCUUCACUCGCAAGCUUACCAUCUCUCAGGCAAUUGGAUGUGUCGAACAACAACUUAUGGGGGCAAAUUCCGAGCUUUAGCAAGAAUGUAUUGGUGAACACUGCAGGGAAUCAGAACAUUGGGAAGGAUUUGACUGGUUAUAGCAAUUCAAAUCCAAAUGUGUUAUCUGAUGCAAGUAGCAGCCACAAUGGCCAUCCUUCCUCUGUUCCUGUGGCCGUUAUUGUAGUUUCAGUGAUUGCUGUGGUGGUCGGAAUUAGCCUUGCUGUGGUGUUGGGUUUCUGCUACUACAAGAGAAAGCUGCAACAGCGCAGCAGAGUUCAGAGUCCAAACACGACCGUAAUACUCCCACGGCAUUCGCGAUCCGACCCAGACACGACUAAGAUCACGGUCGCAGGAUUGAGCAUUGAUGAUGGCAUGACUUUGGGCAAUGUCCAUGUUGUGGAGACUGGGAACAUGGUGAUCUCGAUUCAAGUCCUUAGGAAUGUGACCAACAAUUUCAGCGAGGAGAACAUAUUAGGUCGUGGUGGAUUCGGAACAGUGUACAAGGGUGAGCUGCAUGAUGGCACCAAGAUUGCAGUCAAGAGGAUGGAGGCAGGUGUGAUGGGGACAAAGGGCCUAAAUGAGUUCAAAUCAGAAAUCUCAGUUCUCACAAAGGUCAGGCAUCGGAAUUUGGUGUCUCUGCUUGGGUACUGCUUGGAUGCAAAUGAGAGGCUUUUGGUCUAUGAAUACAUGCCUCAAGGGACGCUAAGUCGCCAUCUUUUCGAAUGGAAGGAAUCGGGGUUGAAGCCAUUGGAAUGGAAGAAGAGACUAAGUAUCGCAUUGGAUGUGGCAAGGGGGGUGGAGUAUUUACACAGUUUGGCACAACAGAGUUUUAUCCACAGGGAUCUGAAGCCUUCUAACAUUCUUCUUGGGGAUGAUAUGAAGGCUAAGGUUGCGGACUUUGGACUAGUUCGACUUGCGCCAGAUGAGAAAGGCUGCUCUGUCCAGACGAGAGUCGCGGGGACAUUCGGUUAUCUUGCGCCGGAGUAUGCAGUUACUGGGCGUGUGACCACAAAGGUUGAUGUGUUUAGCUUUGGAGUGAUACUGAUGGAGCUGAUCACUGGUAGAAAGGCGCUGGAUGAGAGCCAACCCGAGGAGAAUGUGCACUUGGUGACGUGGUUUUGGAGGAUGCUGCUUAACAAGGAUGCAUUUCACAAGGCCAUCGAUCCCACCAUCGACCUCGAUGAGGAUACCUCAGCUAGCAUCAGCACUGUUGCGGAGCUCGCUGGCCACUGCUGUGCUCGAGAGCCUCACCAAAGGCCGGACAUGAGUCACGGAGUCAAUGUUCUCUCGUCACUCGCAGAGCUCUGGAAGCCUUCAGAUCCAGACUCAGAGGAAAGCUAUGGCAUCGACCUCGACAUGACACUUCCGCAAGCACUAGAGAAAUGGCAGGCAUUGGAGGACCGCAGCCAUGUGGAUGGAGCCACGACCUCAUUCCUCGCUAGCUUGGACAACACCCGCACCAGCAUUCCGACAGGGCCACCAGGCUUUGCGGAUGCUUUCACUUCGGCUGAUGGAAGAUGAGCUCAAUGGGGAAAAAGAGAGAAACGAGUUGUACAAGAAACUCAAGUUUCAACCAAAGGUUUGUCCAUUCACUUUGUUUCUUCUUUGGCUAUGAUUUGUUCCUUUUCUUUUUUCCUUCUUUAAUCAUGUAUUGUGAUUUUUAGCAGAACCACCCAGAAGAAUAUACCAAGAUAUGUUUUGAUUUUUGGCUAGACAAGUUGGAUGAAUGGAUAGAAAUAAUGAUAUUGCAUGGAACAGAACCAACAUGUCUCACUCUACAAACAAUGAUGUAUUGUUGAGGAGGAUUAUACAAUGCAGAUUGAGAGAGGUUAAUUCUUCCCCUCAUUCUCA